AUGGCAACUAAAGUGGAUAACAAUGAGGAUGAUUCAUUUAUCAUCCUCGGCACAUCACCUGGCACAAGCAUGGAUUUGAGAUGUAAUGGUGUUGAAAAUGGAGAUGGGCUGGACAAGGCACAAAUGGAGGAUGCUAUGAGAGAUCUUCCUGCUGACGCUUCUAUGGCUUUUAAAGCACAUUUUAAUCUUGGAGAUAAUCCGUCGCCAGCCAGCAUGAUGGUGGCCAGCACAAUAGUGACCGAAGAAAGGAGCACGGAGGAGCUGCAGAAGCGCUUCGGCGAGCUUCUCGACGAGAACGUCAUCCUGAAGGAGACCCUGAAACAGAACAACGACUCGAUGAAGGAACAGCUGCAGCUGAUCGCCUCGUGCCAGGACGACAUGCUGAACACGCACCGGAUACACAAGGAGAAGUUCGACGAGACCAGGGACUUGGUGGAGAGGCUUCGCCAGGAGAACAAGCAGCUGAAACUGGACGCCGCCCGCUUGGCGGAGAGCGUCUCGGCGCAAAUGGGCGCGGCCAGGGCGGACGCCGCCGGACGACGGUCGCGGUGCGUCCUCGAGAAGCAGAGGGACAGUGCGCAAUUACGCACACGUGUAAAAUAUAACCUGUGGCACUCGGGGACUGGAGCUAGUCGAGAAGCAGAGGCGAAACAAGUUAACACGUGCACGUGCACGCACACGCGCGCACGCGCCCGUCGACCUGUGGGAGCUUCGUACAUACACGUUAUAGUCGAUAACGGAAAGUUGACAUGGCAGAAGGAGUCUCUAGAGCACAUCGUCGACGCAACAUCGAAAGAAAGGGACGACAUCAAAGAGAAAUUGAAGAAACUUGAGUUGCAAUUCUCCACAUCUGAGAGCGACCACGCUCAGGAGGUGAAGAAACUGCAUUUGAUCAUCCAGAACUUGCAGAGUCAGCUGAAAUCCGCAAAUGAUAGUCAAACCCUGUCCGAGGAGGUGGCAUCCCGCGAUAGAGCGAUCCAACUACUAGAGUCUAAAGUCGCUGGUCUGCAGAACGACCUGAGAAUGGCUCAGAUCAAGAUCCUCGACCUGGAGAACAUCAAGUUGGAGUUCACCCAGCACAAGUCCGGGGUGUCGGAGACCGUGAGGAUGUACAAGGAGCAGAUCCAGGAGCUCAGCACCAGGCUCAAGGACGCACAGACCACGAUGUUCCAGCCGGUGCGUCUCUCGCUGAGCGCCGAGCCGGAUGGUGACAGUCCCGAGCUGGUGACCUUCGCGGCCAACGUGAAGCUCUACGACAGGACCCUGAAGCACCUGGCCGACUUCCUCAACACCCUCACCAACGGGCUCGCGGACAGCCUGGCGCAGACCUUGGGCACAGUGGCGAGUUUGUACGACUACAAGCUGGAGAGGGCGUCCGUGGACAGGUUCAAGUCUGGGCUAUCCGAGGUCAAACAGCAGCUCGAGAGGCAGCACAGCAACGCGCUGAACAACAUAGGCAAACUCCGCGCCAUGAUGUCUAUCUUCGAGGGCAUCUUCAAAGAUUACAACGAGCUCCUGAAGAAGGCGAUUGCGAAGCCAGAGAACGGCGAGGAGGGCGGGGUGGCGGCGCUGAGCGCUGCGCUGGUGGCGCGCGGCCAGGAGCUGCAGCAGCUGCGCGCCGAGCUGCAGCGCCGCGACGCGCCGGCCGACGAUGCAGAGCUGCUGCGGGCGCAGCUGCAGCUGUAUAAGAGCGACUUCGACGCUGAGCGCGAAGCCCGGGAGAAGAUGGCCAGCGAGAAGGAGGACCUCCUCGCCCAGCUCAGGGUUGCCAACAAACGCACUCAGGACCUCACUCAGCAGUUGGACGAGGUGCGAAAGCUGAGUCCCAGCGUGUACCGCACCGCCACCGCGAGGAAACCCCCUCCAGCCGGAACCACCAGCUCUUCGCCGAGGACCACCACCACCACUGGGAACAUGGUCCGCAAAAAGAGGAAGGCCGUCGAGGGGGCGGGGGCGGGGGCGGGGGAGGCGCGGGGGGUCAGCCCGCCGCCGCAGAUGUACGUGUGCCCGGUGUGCGACCAGUCUUUCAAGACCCUCAUAUUCCUGCAGCAACACGUCGACCACUGUCUCCUG